AUGUCGUUGAACCGCGUAGCAUCGGUGGAGACGUUCCAGUUCGUUCCUCAAGCGCAGGGCUCGAGACGAGGCAGCGACGCCUCGAGUGUGAGAGCUGGAAGGCUGACCUUUAACCCCCUGCCUGACGAGUGGGAUCCCGCGGCAAACAAGCCCGACACCGUUCUCGCUGUCGGCGCUUUCCAAGUUCCGCGAUGGAAGAGAAUCCUCCAAGUCAUUGUGGCAGUAGUAUACUGCCUCUUCGGUGCCGGCGUUGCUUUUGGCUUCGCAGCACUGAAGCCGGUUCUCAAGCGCGAAGGUGCCUACAGCGACAUAUGCUCGGCCGACGACCCGCGCUCGGCCCCGGACGACACCUGCGUCGAGAUUCACCUCAACCUGAUGUUCACGGUAGCAGCCGUCGGCACAAAUAUCGCGGCUCUGCCCGUUGGUGCCCUGCUUGACCACGCGGGUCCUCGUGUUUGCGGCCUCGUGGGCAGCCUCUUUCUGAUGGUGGGCUCGCUUCUGAUGGCAUAUGCCAAAAGCCUGCCUUUCGAUGGUUUCCUUGUCGGAUACCUCGCACUUGCUCUCGGCGGUCCGUUCACCUAUAUUUCGUCUUUUCAGCUGUCCAAUGCUUUCCCCAAGCAUUCUGGGCUUAUCCUCGCGCUCUUGACGGGGGCUUUCGACGCCUCUAGCGCCCUGUUCUUGGUCUACCGCCUCAUCUACCAGGCGACCGAGGGAGCCUUUGGCCACGAAGGAUUCUUCAAAGCUUACCUGGUUGUCCCGUUCCUCAUCAUCAUUGCCCAGUUUGUGUUGAUGCCCAAGCAGUCGUACAAGACGGUGGGAGAGUUAGUUGAGCUUCAAGUGGAGACGGCGGCGGCCAACGACGCCGACCCCGAGCCGUACGACGACCAGGUCGACGAGAAUACCGCGCUCUUGCGUGAAGAGCGCCGCCACCGCGAGAUCGUCGUCGCCGACAUUGAGCAGCUUCUGGGCACCCAAAAGGCGGAUAAGCAGAGCCGCAAAGAAGAGGAGAAGAAAAACGAGACAUCGGGUGUCUGGGGCGUGAUGCACAAUCGCACCGCCCUGCGGCAGAUUGCCUCGCCGUGGUUCAUCCUCAUCUGCAUGUUCACCGUCAUCCAGAUGCUUCGCAUCAACUACUUCGUCGCCACAAUCCGCGCCCAGUACGAGGUCAUAUUUGGCGACCACGGCAAGGCCGUCGAGGUCAACAACUUCUUCGACGUCGCCCUGCCUGUGGGGGGCAUUCUCUCCAUCCCCUUCAUCGGUGCGCUUCUCGACCACACCAGCACCGUCACCGUGCUCGCCGCCCUCGUCACCAUCGCGACCACCAUCGGUGUCCUGGGCGUCAUAAACAACACGUGGGCGGCCUACAUCCAGAUAUGUCUAUUUGUGCUGUAUCGCCCCUUCUACUACACCGCCGUCUCCGACUACAGCGCCAAGGUGUUUGGCUUCGAGACCUUUGGUACCGUAUACGGCACCAUCAUCUGCCUGUCAGGCCUCUUUAACUUCCUUCAGUCCGGUCUCGACGUUUUGUUCCACCAGACGUUUGGCGGCGACCCUGUGCCGGUCAACGUCAUCCUGCUCUCUGCCGGCUUCGCCGUAGGCGUCAUGCUGGUUGGGUAUGUGGCGCUGAAGGCUCGGAGGCUGAAGCGCAAGAUGCUGGAGCAGGAGGCCGAGGCCGUGGCCGGAUUCCACAACUAA